UAGAAGAAGGAUCUGGAACAUGUUGGAAAACUCUUGCAUCAUCCUUAAUAACAUGUCAUCAUCCUAGGUUGGCACUUUCUCAAUAUCUCUACACAUUACCAGAAGAAAGCUUCCAUUUUACCAUGCCGAGUGAAGCAUGUGUCAUAGAAUUUUCAAGAACCAUGCUUCAUCUUCUACAUAUACACAUUAAACCUUCUAGUGAGGCAUCAAAAUUCCAAAAAGUUGAAGAAUACAAACAGCCAAGUGUCAUAGUCCAAUAUAGUUUGAUCACAAGCUAUACUUUAUUUCCCCACAUUUCCACCUGAUUCUCCACAUUUUUUUGAGUGCUAAAAUCUAAUAAACAGAAAUGAGGCUACAACAAAUGAAUUUGGGAGUGCUGCUAUUGUUCUUGCUUCUUGUUCUUGCUAGCUUUCCAUAUAAAGUAAAAGGGUAUCUGUAUCCAUUAACAGAUCGUCCUAUAAACCCCUUGGUUGAUCUAUGGACAGAUCGUUUCCUUGAUCCACUUCGUGUUCUUGAGCAAAUCCCAGUUGAGCUUGGAAAAAAUGAUCCAUCAUCACCCAUGGCAAUGAUGAUGACACCUGCAAAGGUAGAUUGGAAGGAAACACCAGAAGGGCAUGUUAUAGCCCUUGAUGUUCCAGGGUUGAACAGAGAUGAGAUCAAGAUUGAAGUGGAGGAAGGGAACAGGGUUCUGAGGGUAAGUGGAGAGAGGAAGAAGGAGGAGGAGAAGGAAGGGGAACACUGGCACAGGGUUGAAAGAUCCUAUGGCAAAUUCUGGAGGCAGUUCAAGGUGCCUGAGAAUGUGGACUUGGAAUCUGUGAAGGCUAAGCUAGAGAAUGGUGUGCUUACUCUGACACUGGAAAAAUUGUCACCUGAUAAGAUCAAAGGUCCAAGAAUGGUGAGCAUUGCAGGGGAGAGUGAGAAACCAGCACAAAUCAAGGUCAAUGAAACCAAACAGGAGCUAUGAAAUAACUGCUAAUCAUGAAUGAUGAUCAUGUUUUGGUUCCGAAUAUAUGAGUAAAUGAAUAUAUAAAGAAUGGUUUUCAGUUUGGUUUUGUGCUGUGAAUGAAAGAGUUGUAGUAUGAAGAUUAUGGUUGUUUUCAUGUAC